AUGCGAAAAAAUGAAAUCUUUUCCAUGGACGGGGGCAAAAUGCCGAAGGAGGCCAUUGGAAAGUGGGAGGCCAUGAAACUUUCUUUUUUCGUCUUUUCCAUACUGUAUGUUGGCCUGUACACGAGCAAAACAACCCGGACUUUAGGCUCAGCAGAGCAGGUUCUUGUGGGCGGUAUUAGCGAGCUUGCAAAGGCUGUUAUUUGCUUUGCCUGCUCUUACUGGAGGGAGGGCUACGAAAGCACGGAGUAUUUCAAGGAGUACCUCGUCUCGGGGGUGCUCUCUUCUUUCCAGUCGUUCUCCUGGAUAGUCGUGGGAAAUACCUUUACAAGCGUGAUCUUGCAGAUAUCCUCGCAAAGCAAGGCCUUUUUCACCUUUAUAAUGGCCGUGGUUUUUCUGAAGAGAAAGUACGUUCCCCUGCAGUACUUUUCGCAGGUCUUCUUCGUUAUGGGGAUAUUCGUGCCCCUUCUGAUAGACAGGUACACAGCCACAGAACCUGCCAGCACCACGAAAAGCAACACCUUAUUUGAGUACCUGAUGCUUGUGAGUCUUCCCGUGCUUUCUGCAUGCUCUGGGAUAUUCUUCGAGAGUUGCAUCUGCAGGAAGAUCCGGAGCAAGUGGAAAAAUGCGGUGAACUACUCAAUCACCAGCACCGCAGUUUCCUUCCUUGCGUGUGCUAUUAUGUGCGCUGGGUUUGGCUUCUCCGUGAAGCCCGAGAACUUGAAAAAGAUUCUCGCCCUUUCCAGCGUGAAGACUCUGGACAGUCUCCUCUUCGGGUACAUCAUCAUAUACUACGCGACUCUUCCGAGAGUCUUUAUUACGCUGACAGUUAGCUCGAUGAUUUCGCUGCUGAUGUCGCUGCAGUUUAGCGAGCCGCUUACUGCAGUCAAGCUGACCUCCGUGGGUGUCACAUUCGCAAGCAUAGCGCUCUUCUACGUCCCAUACUAUACGCAGAGCAGAAAGGCCUAG